ACCAUAGUGACAACCAGAGAAUCGACCAACCCGAGGACGGAUCUUUUCAAAGGAGGGAAAGGACUGAGAAGAGGAUUGAAGAGGAGUUUUCGGAGGAGUUUAGCCCACCAGCUACCGUGGCGUCCGUGGUCCACCAGUUUGUGUCCCCUGUGCGUCCCUGUCCGUGUUGCAUUCGCUCCCCCAGCUGGGUAACGGUUGUCAACAUGGCCCGUAUGAACCGUCCGGCGCCGGCCGAGGUGUGCUACAAGAACAUGCGGCUACUCAUCACGCACAACCCCACCAACUCCACCCUGAACAGCUUCAUCGAGGACCUUAAGAAGUACGGAGCCACGACGGUGGUGAGAGUGUGUGAGGUCACCUAUGACAAGGCUCCGCUGGAGAAGGACGGCAUCACCGUGGUGGACUGGCAGUUUGACGACGGUGCGCCCCCUCCCUCUAAGGUGGUGGAGGACUGGCUGAGUCUGCUAAGGUCCCGUUUCCUAGAGGAUCCAGGCUGCUGCGUAGCCGUGCACUGUGUGGCUGGACUGGGCAGAGCCCCGGUGCUGGUGGCGUUGGCUCUGAUCGAGAGUGGUAUGAAGUAUGAGGACGCCAUCCAGUUCAUCAGACAGAAGCGCCGAGGGGCGAUCAACAGCAAGCAGCUGACCUACCUGGAGAAGUACCGACCCAAACAGAGACUGCGCUACAAAGACCCACACAUCUUCAAGAACAAGUGCUGCAUCAUGUGACCCCCCCCCCCCCCCCCCCCUCUCCUGCUCAGCCAAUCAACUGCCUGCCACCGACUGAUCUGACCCGAAUGGAUACCGACGACGACGGACGAGUCCACAGCCAAUGCACUUUGUGACUGAACUUUUGAGAACUAUUGGAUUUAUAAAUCAUGAACUGAGCAGCUCCACCAAAGGAAGGGUGUGCUGUCUCCCUGGUGCCUAAUGACAGUGCUUACUGGGGAGGGGGGGGGGGGGUCGAUGGAUCCAGCCAAGACCUCCUUGAAUCUGACUUUUUAUCCAAGAGCCAGGUAAAGGUAGCUUGGAAUGGAUGGUGGACGUCGCCACAUUGAACUCCAUCAUAACCAUUGGGUGGUGCCUCGCUGCAAAUGACUUGACUUGGUAAUUGUACCUCCAACACCCCUUACUACCAAACGGUGGUAGCGCCUCAACUCAUGGUCUGAAAGACAGACAGCUUUAGCUGUAUGAAUAUAAAACCAAUGUGAAUCAUGGGGAAAAAAAGAAAAAAACAUGUGCCUGGUUGCCCUUUUUCGCCCUGCCUAGAGUAGGUACUGGGCUGUUCUGUUCACUCCUUGUUCCAAUGACCUGAUGUUUACUGUAAUAUAUUUUUGUCAUGAUGCCCCUUUCUAGCUUGAAUAUUCAGUGGGCUUGCAGAUGAGAACAGAGGGGUUGGGAUGGUUACAGGAAAAGGGUGGGGUGCACUUGGAUGAUAACCAACAGGUUUAUUUGUACUGUACCUCAAUUUUGUAACUGAUGUUAGCCUAGGUAGGACGGUUAUUCACUUACACUGGCUCACGUGUGUAUGGGAGGAAGUAGGGUUAAAUUGCCCCUAGACUCUGAUCUUGGGUCAGUUUUGCAGUUUCCCCACUAAUGUUUUAAGGUUAGGAUUUGGGGAGGGUAAGCUGAUCCUAGAUCUGUACCUAAGGGACAUAGAGCCACAAAGUGCUCUACUAAGUCUAUGGUCAUAUCCUGUACUGAAUACGUGUUCCUCUCUCUACCAUACUUUGUUACACGGCAGCUGUGCGUUGAGUCUACUCGCAGGGAGUUAAAAGCUGUUGCUGAAUUCAAGGGUCACGUCGAAGCACUUUGAUUUGGUUUACCCCACCCGCCCCCAUUGGCAUAGUUGGUUAGGCCAACCAGAAUGAAUGCACGUUCUGCGUUGUUUUCUAGCCCAGUUUCUCUAUCAGGUCAACUCUUGUACAGGUGUAGUCAGUUUACACCUCACCAGACACACAGCCUUGUCUCUGUUCUCUGCAUUGUAGUCGCCUUCUGUCUGCCUUUUGAAGAAACCACCUUCAGCUGUAUAGAAAUAAAGUGUU